GCACUAGGGUGACAAAGGAUGGAAGAGAUUAUCACUACGGCCUGCAGGGGGCUGGACCAGUGCAAUAGCUGCCUGCUGUUAAAACAUUUAAAGCCUCUGGGUCAUCUUCAGUGCUCAUUGGUUCUGAGGAUGACAGCUGUUAAAGUUUAUGUGGAGUGUUUUAACUUUUUAAAUUUUGUAGUAUUUUGUAAAAAAUAAAAUAUUUUUUAAAAACAGUUUUAUAGGGUAAUAAAAACAGUAUUUUAUUGUUGUCAGUUGGAAGCUGCUUUGGACGGGCGUUGGCUCAGAACAGCGGUCUAAUGAAUACGUUAAAUAAAUACAAUGCAUUAAAGCAUAAUCAAAACCAAAUUUUCUGGAGGGUUUUUAAAAAAGAAAACAAUUGAACGGCUGGCCCUUUAAACCGUCCUUCGGGGGAAGCGCUUCCUCUUAGUUAGUGGCCGGUGAUUGGCGGAGCUGGAGGGCGGGGCGGAGGCUGAGCUGCGCCGCUCAUUCAUAACAAUCCCGGCUUCCGCAACCUCAUUCAGAAGCUCUUAAAGGGCCAGGCCGCCGCCGCCACCCCGCGGGAGCGGCUGCAAAUGCAUCGUGGGAAGAGAAAGUUACUUUCAGUUUUGCGCGGACGGGCAGAGGGAGCAAAGAGAGGGGGAGAUGCGUCAAAGCGGAUCUGGCGGCACCAUGAUCGCCAACUUUUUCUAAAGGGCUAUGUGUAAACUUGACGUCAUCGCCCUUCUAAUGGGAGAGGCUGAAGCUCCUGUCGCCGAAAUGACCCACAAUGCCCCCUCAAAGGACUCAGAGAUGCCCGCCAGCGACCCGGAGGACGAUCAGGCAUCAGUCAUCUUGCGGCUGUAUCCGUACUCGGAGGAGAAAGAUGACCCAAACCAAGCUGUUCCUGCACCAAAUGAUGGAAGCAGUCUCAAGCUGGCGACCACCCUGACCAACCGGCAGCGUGGCAACGAGGCAUCUGCCUUGCCGGCCACUUUGGACACUCUUUCUAUUCAUCAGUUGGCAGCCCAGGGAGAACUGGUCCUGUUGAAAGAAAAUCUGAGGAAAGGCGAGAACCUUUUAAACAAGCCCGACGAGCGGGGCUUCACGCCGCUGAUGUGGGCUGCGGCUUUUGGGGAGAUUGAGACCAUCCGCAGCAUGCUGCAAUGGGGUGCAGACCCCCACGUCCUUGCAAAGGAGAGGGAGAGCGCCCUGUCUCUCGCCAGCAUGGGGGGCUACACGGACAUCGUCACCUUGCUCCUGGAGAAGGACGUGGACAUCAACACUUACGACUGGAAUGGCGGGACCCCUCUCCUCUAUGCUGUGCGCGGGAACCACGUCAAAUGCAUUGAGGCCUUGCUAGCCCAUGGUGCUGAUCUCACAACCGAGGCAGAUUCAGGAUACACCCCCAUGGACCUGGCAGUCGCUCUGGGACACAAGAAAGUGCAACACGUGAUGGAAAAACAUAUCCUCAAGUUAUUGCGGAGCAAAGAACCUGAGUGAAACAGGACUUCUUGUCAGACUGGGGGGGGGCCUUCUUCCUGCCCCCCACCAUUUUUCUCUCUGCUUUGAAGGUGGAAUCAAGGGAAAGCCUUCUGCACUGAGCGGCUGAUCUGAGGCACAUGAGACAGGGUUGGAUAUUUGAGAGUCACCGGGCUUUUAAAAGUUUACUACAGCCCUCGUGGAAAGAGGGGGCACUGGAGGGGUUAGGUUUGAUGGCAAGACAAGACCCCCCCCAACCUGCUUGUUGCCAUCAGCUUACUAUUUUUUAUUUAUUUAUUGAAUUUUUAUACCGCCCUGUACCCGGAGGUCUCAUUUAUCAACCUGAUGACCACUAAGCACCACAACUAUUCUGGAACCCCUGAAAUCCAGACUCCAGCCAGAGGAGAAGUUUCUGGAGGCAAAGGAACUCCAGGUGGCUCGCAGAAGCAAGCCAAGCUGCAAAUCAGAAGGCGCCUGAUGUUUUCCCCGCUGCUGCUUGCAAACUGUUCUGAGCUGGGAUGCGUGCGAUGGGAGAGAGAAUUUUGCUGGUUCCCGAGCUAAAAAAAAAGUACUAUGUACUGUAUUUUUAAAAUUUGAAAUGACAACAACUGAACAUCCCUGAUUAAUGGAAGAAACUAUUCUGUCCCUAGAAAACUUGCUGAAACUGCUAAGCAGGCAACUCUGCUACACUGUGCUUGUCUUAAACAGCAGGCUUGCUUAUUUCCGCUCACCUAGGACGAACCAGGACUCCAGGUGAGCAGCUGUGAGAGCUUUCUUUUUAAAUAAAGGAAUGAAUAUCUUGGCAUAAUAAUACAAAAUAAAUUAUUGUUCACUAUU